AUGAAGUUACCCACGUUCCCGAAGAUCUAUAACACCUACUUUGUCGCGAUUAUCGCGACGGUAGGUGGAAUGCUCUUUGGAUUCGAUAUCUCGUCCAUGUCAGCAAUUGUUGCUACGGAUCAAUACAUUGAUUUCUUCGACAAUCCUCAUGGCGUGCGCCAGGGAGCCAUAGGUUCCGUGUUGGCAGCUGGUUCUGUCGUGGGAUCUAUCAUUGCAGGCCCAAUCUCCGACAAGCUUGGUCGUCGCGAUUCUAUCAUGUUUGCUUGUCUGUGGUGGCUUGUGGGCACUGCCAUCCAGGCAGGAGUCAACGGUUUCGGGAUGCUGAUGGCCGGUCGUCUCCUUAAUGGUGUCUGCGUUGGAAUCACUUCCUCUCAGGUGCCUGUGUAUCUAGCAGAGAUUGCCAAGAAGGAGAAGCGCGGCUCGAUCAUUGUCAUCCAGCAGUUGGCCAUCGAAUGGGGUAUCUUCAUCAUGUUCUUUGUUGGCUAUGGAUGUUCCUUCAUCGCUGGCCCGGCAUCAUUCCGCACUGCAUGGGCGUUGCAGCUCGUUCCCUGCGUUCUAUUGAUGAUCGGCCUCCCUUUCCUGCCUCGAUCGCCACGUUGGCUGGCGAAGGUAGACCGCACUGAGGAAGCUGUCACUACCUUGGCUCGAAUCCAGGCUGGAGGCAACGUAAACGAUCCGCUGGUCGUUGCAGAGUGGGAGGAAAUCACCACUGUCUUGGCUGCAGAACGUACAGCGGCCCCCGGAUGGCGCAAGUUCGUCCAGAAUGGCAUGUGGCGUCGAACCAUCGCUGGCUUCACCGUUCAGGCGUGGCAGCAGUUGAGCGGUGCAAAUAUGAUCACAUACUACGUAAUAUAUGUGUUUCAAAUGGCGAGUUUGAGCGGAAACGUCCUCCUGGUGUCGUCCGGAAUUCAGUACGCUCUGUUCAUCGUCUUCACAUCCGUCAUAUUCUUCUACAUCGACAAGACUAGCCGCCGUGGUCUUCUCAUGUACGGCGCCCUGGGAAUGGCCGCCUGCCACUUUGUCGUAGGCGGAGUGCUCUCAUCAGGCGAAUACGUCCCCAACGGCGUCGACGGAAAUCUGAACGUCCUCAUCAAAGUGAUGGGAGGGAAGGCGCACACCGUCAUUGCCUUUUCGUAUCUCCUCAUCAUUGUCUAUGCUCUGACUCUGGCUCCUGUCGCUUGGGUCUACGCCGCAGAGGUCUGGUCGCUAGAGACUCGCGCUACAGGAAUGGGAAUUUCCGCCGUCGGAAACUGGCUCUUCAACUUUGCUCUCGGUCUAUUCGUACCCCCAGGCUUCGCCAACAUCACAUGGAAGCUCUUCAUCGUCUUUGGCGUUCUCUGUGUUGGCGCCGCUAUUCAAGUCUUCUUCACAUACCCUGAAACAUGCGGAAAGACUCUAGAAGAGAUCGAAGAGAUGUUCAGCAAAGGCGGUCCACGACCAUGGCAGACCAAGCCUGGUGGCUCGAAACUGGACGCCCUCAUCGAGGAAGCGAAAGAGAAGCACAUCGAAAUCAAAGAUGUGAAAGGCGGAGCUAUGCAUCAUGAGACUGUUCCUGUGGGAUCGAAGGUUGAUGUCUAG